AUGGCAUCAUCUCGUAUUCAGGCGACUGUACGCCAACUAUCCAAAACAUUUAAAAAGAAGAAUAGAUUUGACAUUGGUAUAGCCAAUGAGUUGCCACCUGCUUAUAAAAAAUUCUGGCAUGAAUGGAAGGUGUUGAAACCUGCAGCUGUUCAUUUUAUUCCUCAAGAAAGUAAAUGGAAGCGCGAUGAGCUUACUGGAGAAACUUUACCAGUACAGAAUAUUCCUAUACCUCUUAAAUUUCCAGCUGAAAUACAUGAAGGGAUUUGGGGCGGGGAGGCAGUUAUUAAAGGUUUCCAAAAACGAGACCCACGACGCCGUAGAGUGCCUCACUACUGGGUUCCUGUUCUUAAGAGGACUGUUGUGAAAUCUGAAGUCCUAAACACCCAUUUGUCAGUGACUGUAACUGAUAGAACCAUAAAACUAAUUCAUGAUCAUUAUGGAUUUGAUCAUUAUCUGCUUAAAACACCUGCUUGUGAUUUAGUAUCAAUGUUAGCUUUGAAGUUGAAAAAACAAAUCCUUACUGAAUUAAUGAAUGGAUGUCCAAGGCAUGCAUAUGACCCAAAGAAGCAAAAGGAGGUGUAUGAAGAAUAUAAAACCUAUUUGUCUUCUUAUACACCUGAAGAAAUAGAAUGGUAUGGACUUUCUUGGUAUGAAGCUCUGAGUAAAGUUGCAAAAAUUAAGGAAGCUGCUAAUAAACCUGUACCUUUAAAAAGCCUCUACAGAAAAAACUUGGUCGAAAAGUUAAAAGCUGCAGAGAUAGAAACUGAAAAUACAUCAACUGAUGAGAUAUCAAAUACAACAUCAUGGUUGUCAAAAAUGAAUCCAUUUGGAAAGAAAGAUGAAGCU